AUGGGGCAGCACACCCCCGCGUACACUCUGUACCCACUCCUCACCGCAGACUCGGUGCAGAACCUGCACCUCUGCGAGGGCUAUGCAGGCCCUGAUGGCCGCUACCACCCUGGCUUCUACUGCCCGCGGCUGACUGACCCAGCCAGCCACCGGUACUGCUGCCGCCCCAGCCCGCACACCCUCAAAUCCUGCUGCUCCCAAGUGGGCCUGGAGGCCCUCACCAGAGUGAACCUCUCCAGCCUGGCCAGGCCAGGCCUUCUGCGGAACCCGCUGGCCCUGCCCUUCGUGGGGCUCUACGGCCUCCUGGUUGUCCUCCUCAUGGCCGUCGACCUGUUCCACUUCUACCAGAGCCGCUGCUGCCGCCCCUGCCGCGUUCUGCCCCGCACCCGCUGCCCACCCUGCAGCCCUCCGGAGGAACAGCACCCCCGCUCCCAGCCUGCUCCUGGCCUCGGUGGGCUCCUGACAGCGCCUCCCGGCCGAGCCGACUAA